AUGUUCUCAUGUCGCUCUGUCAUUUGGCCGGUAGUUCCUACUAUUCUCAAUCAUACCACUGAACCGUUUUCAAUCGUCGUAUUCACCACCGCUCCUGCGACAUGGUGCAUCGACCAAAUUAGAGCUGAGAGCACAUUUUCUCGAGAGAACCACGGUCUAGCGCGUUUUAACUACCUUCCUAGCAAAUCGAGUUUUUAUAUUGUUAACCUCUUUUCUUCAGUUUCAGUUUUUUCGCUGGAGUUUUGGCCGAGGGACGAUUUUUCAACGAGUUUUGCUAGAUCUUCAAGGAUUGGAAGAAUUGUUCUUAGAUCAGUUCUUCUAGUCGUGGAGAUGGGCGAGAUUUGUCAGGAAAUCGUGGAAUUGAUCAAACUUCGGCUGAGUAAGCUUGUCUUUCGGCUAGUUUGUUGGAUUUUAGUUGGAGGACCGAUUGUUUCAGCGAGUUUUGCUAGAUUUCGACGCUUGGAGAAAUUGUGGUCAAAAGCAGUUCUUCUAGUCGUUGAGAAAUGGCGAGAUUUGCCGGAAGAUUGGAAUUUCGAUUGAUUUUCGGUGAACAUUGUUUGGUUUUGGUUUUUCGAGUUUUAGCUUCAUUUCGGAGAUUUUCGAAUUGCCAGAGAAAUUCAGCAUCGAGAUCUCUGGAAGUUGGCCAGAAUUCGUGAAAUUGUCCAAAAACUAGACAAAAUGUCGAUUUUCGAAACGUUUCGAAAAAUUUCGAAUAUUUUCGAAAACAUGAAAGGUUGGCUGACAAGAAGAAACUUGUGACGGAUAGAUUCUUAAGAGUCCCGCUAGUAAUUUUCUUUCUAUUUCCGUGUUCUUUGUCUUUGCUCUAGUCCCAUUUCCCUGCUUUUCCCCGGAUUUUCCUGUUCCAAGUGAAAUUGCAUCAUGUCCUAGCGCGGUCGAGGUUUUCGGAUCUUAGGCCACGGUAGAAAAUCAAUAAUCAAUUUAUUGUUUUCUGUCAGCGCGAGAAUGUGAAUCAAUGCAUGUUCAUCUAGACAGUGUAUAUCUGAUGAAAGCAGAAGCACGAUACCUAGAAGGCCCCUUGGUCAGUCAUUGUUACCUACUUGUGGGUUUUGAACAAGGUGAAUUAAUUUUGGCAUUUUCAGUGAAAUGCCAAGAGGAGCUAGCCAAAGUCAAACAAGCGAGCGAGGACAGUGA